AUGGCUGCCUGGUCUGAAUUCUUACCCUUUGCUCAGGGUGGUUGCAUAUUGGCGAGCAAUGGUCACCGCUGGAGAGAGAUCCGUCGGUACGCCGUCACAACGCUGAAGAACUUUGGGAUGGGCCGGAGGAGCAUAGAGGAGAGGGUGAAGGAGGAGGCCAGGAGUCUGGUGAAGGCCUUCGGGGAACAUGAGGGUGCGGUCUUCCAACCCAAUGAGUGCUUGUGUAAAGCCGUGUCCAAUGUCAUAUGCACCAUUGUGUUUGGGCAGCGGUUUGAGUACGAUGACACAGAGUUCCUGCUGCUCUUAGUCUUCAAAGUACUGUGUAGCCCAAUUGGCAUGCUCUACAACAUCUUUCCCAGAAUUGUGGAGUAUCUACCUGGAAAACACAGACACAUGUUUGCCCUGCUUCAGAAGUUCAGGGAGUACGUGAGAAGGCAGUCAGACAUUCGACUGAAGCACCUGGAUACCAAUUCCAUGCCACAGGAUUACAUGGAGGCCUUCUUGAUUAAAAUGGUUCAGGAGAAGGACGCCCCAAAUAGUGAGUUUCACUAUGACAAUCUGCUGGGCAGUGUGUGGAGCCUGUUUUCAGCCGGGACUGAGACGACCUCCUCAACCCUGAGACAAACCCGGAAAUACAAGCUGCUGUACUCCAAUAGAAUAAAUAAAUAUUUGGAAUGUUCCCUCUCAACAUGUGUCCAGAAGGAGAUUGAUGAGGUGAUUGGACAGGACAGAAGUCCGUCCAUGGACGACAGGUCUAAGAUGCCCUACACAGACGCUGUUAUCCAUGAGGCCCAGCGCACCAUGGAUAUCGCUUCCAUCUCUGUGCCUCACAAGGUGACUGUCGGCACGGAGUUCAAGAACUACUACAUCCCCAAGGACACUAUUGUUUUCGCACUGCUCUCUUCCGUUCUCUUUGAUUCCAAAUUGUGGAAGAACCCAGAUAACUUUGACCCCUAAAACUUCUUGGAUGAAGAGGGACGAUUUAAGAAGAAUGAUGGCUUCAUGCCUUUUGGAUUAGGGAAGCGUAUUUGUCUGGGCGAGGGACUGGCACGGAUGGAGCUCUUCGACUUCUUCACCUCUCUUCUCCAGCGCUUCACCUCUCUUCUCCAGCGCUUCACCUUUGUGGGCACCCAGCCCCCAGAGGAGAUUGAUGCCAGCCCUACAUGCAGCAGCUUUGGCCGGUUGCCUCGCACCUACGAGUGCUACGCCAAACCCAGGGCAUAG